AUGGUGACCAAAAAGAAAGCAAAGAAGAAUGAAGAUUUCAAAAAAGUGAAGCUGAAGGUUGGAAAGAAGUUGAAGAAAACGACAACAACUGAUACCACCAUCAAAGGUUCGUAAAAAAUCAACUUUAAAAAUAUUAAUACAAUUAUUUUUUCAGCACGAAAAGUUGUUCUUGCUCAACAAUUGGAAGAGAAAAUCGACAGUGAGGAUAAACCUCUUUCAUUUAGAGGUUUAACUUUGGAUGAUUUGAGCAAGCAAUUGGGACAUUUCAAUAAAAAUAUUCGAAAUAGUGCGAUUAUUGGGCUGAAACAAAUUCUCACGUCUCGACCUGAUUUGAUUACAAUCCAUUUGCGAACUUUGAUUCCAUCGAUUGCUAGAUUAAUGAGUGAUAACGUAAGUUUCCAGAAUGUAGGUGAAAUAAUAUUUAUUUGAAUUUAGAGUUUGGAACCUUCACACCGUGUACAAUUAAAGGCAUUAUUGCGUGUAAUCUGCACAGUUCCAAGUCAAACAAUGUCAGCUCAUAUCACAUUAUUCUUGGCUCAUGUUUUCCGUGCUUUAUCACAUAUGGAAUUACCAAUCAGGAAUUUUGCUCUUUCAAUUCUAUCAACACUUAUGUCUUCAUAUCCCGAAUUGUGUCGGAAUAAUCCCGAUCUUUUCCCGUCUUUUAUCAAUUUUCUUGGAAGUUCCAGGAAACCACUGUGGAAUAAACCCGGAUUUUUGGAUACUAUUUUAUCGUUUGUAAAUGUAGGCUUUUUCAGAAUUAUUUAUAAUUCUUUUUUUUUCAAAUUCAAUUUUCAGGUAUUCGAUGUUUCUAGAAGAAAACAAAUCCAAGAAAUCGAUUUGAAAAUAAACUUCGAAGAUCAAAAAUUCGAUGAGAAGUCUGGUGAUUUGAAAAAUGUAUUUUAUCAAUCUGAAGGUCAGAGUCCAUUCGAUUUUACAAUUAUGACGUCAUCAAAAGCAACAUCAGUUUCACCUUUCGAAUUACCCUCCGCGUUGUUGAACUUGAACAAAGUGUUAGCACCACUUAUUAGUAAGUUUCACAAAAAAAGUGUAUUUGAUAAUUUAUAUCAAUAUUUUUAGCUACAAGUAUUCUCGAAGACACGGGCGGUACAUUUCUUCCUCAAACAACUUGCCUAAUCGAAUCAAUUGUUCGAGCCGCCGAAAAUCAAUCAAACGAUUUUCUUCUCAAAGAUUUCCGUCAACAAGUCAUUGAUUCAAUGGAUUCUGUUCGAAAAGCGAUUUUGAAGCGCAAAGGAAAAUCGGAUAAAUUGCGAAAUGCUGCAAAAUGGCUGAUUGUUGAAUAA